UCUCUGUUUUUUUCUAUGGUUGGAUUCUUUCAUAGCUACACACACACUCAUCCUCGAUUUUCUGAACCUGUUUCCUCUCAUGUUUCAAUUUCAAUAGGGUUUCUAAUUAUAUUCUUCUCCCUUCUCCUAUCCCUCACUUGCUUCUUUUUCCCCAGAAAUUUCUAAAUUCGAAGCUCGAUUUGUGCAUUGAAUUGCUGCUGCAUUUGCUUGAAUUUGAUCUCUGUGAAUUGAACAAGCUGAUAUGAUGAGAUGAAGAGUGGGGGGAUUCUCAGUGUAGCACUCUGAAUUUGGAAAAAAACUAAUAAGGAAUGUUUAGUCCGAGCAUGGAAUCUGCGAGGGAUGCCGGUGGUGUUCCGGGGACGUUGCUAAUCCCAAUGCGGUUUGUGUGGCCGUAUGGGGGAAGAACUGUGUAUCUCACUGGUUCUUUCGCGCGGUGGUCUGAGCUUCUACAAAUGUCGCCAGUUGAAGGCUGCCCAACUGUAUUUCAAGUUAUCCAUAGCAUGGCCCCUGGUUAUCACCAGUACAAGUUUUUCGUUGAUGGAGAAUGGCGGCAUGACGAGCAUCAACCUUAUAUAUCUGGAGAAUAUGGGAUAGUUAACACUGUCUUAUUGGCUACCGAUCCUAAUUUUGUACCUGUUUUAAAUCCAAACUUAGUGUCUGGAUCUAGCAUGGAUGUGGAUAAUGAGGCUUUUCGACGUGUGGUACGAUUGACAGAUGGUGCAUUGAGUGAGGUGAUGCCGAGAAUAUCAGAUGUUGAUGUACAGACAUCACGUCAGCGUAUUUCUGUAUUUCUGUCUACACGCACAGCUUAUGAAUUACUUCCUGAGUCAGGCAAGGUUGUUACCUUGGAUAUUGAUCUGCCAGUGAAACAGGCAUUUCACAUACUGCAUGAGCAGGGAAUUCCCAUGGCUCCUCUUUGGGACUUCUGCAAGGGGCAGUUUGUUGGAGUUCUAAGUGCUAUGGAUUUUAUUUUAAUUUUAAGAGAGCUAGGAAAUCACGGGUCCAAUCUCACGGAAGAGGAGCUUGAAACACACACCAUAUCAGCUUGGAAAGAAGGGAAAUGGACAGCAUUUUCCAGACGUUUUAUCCAUGCGGGGCCAUAUGAUAAUUUGAAUGAUGUUGCUGUGAAGAUCCUGCAAAAUGAAAUUUCAACAGUUCCUAUCAUCCAUUCGUCUUCUGAAGAUGGUUCAUUUCCACAGCUACUUCAUCUUGCUUCACUUUCGGGGAUCCUUAAAUGUAUAUGCAGGUAUUUUAGGCAUUGUUCUAGCUCAUUGCCUAUACUUCAACUUCCAAUAUGUGCAAUUCCUGUGGGCACAUGGGUGCCCAAAAUUGGGGAGUCAAAUCGCCGGCCGCUAGCGAUGUUGAGACCUAGUGCUUCACUCACUUCGGCCCUAAACUUAUUAGUUCAAGCUCAAGUAAGUUCAAUACCAAUAGUUGAUGAUAGUGACUCAUUACUGGAUAUAUAUUGUCGGAGUGAUAUAACAGCUCUAGCAAAGGACAGAGCUUAUACACAUAUUAACCUUGAUGAGAUGACUGUUCAUCAGGCAUUGCAGUUGGGCCAGGAUUCUUAUAAUCCUUAUGAGCUGAGAAGUCAAAGAUGUCAGAUGUGUUUGCGGACUGAUCCGCUGCAUAAAGUUAUGGAACGGUUGGCAAACCCAGGUGUCCGGCGGCUUGUUAUUGUGGAAGCUGGUAGCAAGCGUGUAGAAGGCAUCAUAUCACUGAGUGACAUAUUCAAGUUCUUCCUUGGUUAGUCUGGAUUGGUGACUGAACAAGUUUGACGAUUAGUGCAGUGGUUAUGAUGACCCUUCUGCUGCAUAUAAUCAGGCCCAACCACCUAAGAGAGAUCCUAGAGCUUCUACAGUGAUUUGAUCUUUAUUUCAUUGAAAUACCAUUGAAUUGGCCUCUUGCUCCAUUGCCUUGUUUUAAGAUUUUAGGCUAGAGAAAGAGAGGCCUGUAAAUUUAAGUUUUUGAUUGCCCCUAAUUAUUCACCUUCCCCAGUCAUUAUCUUCAUUCAUGUGCUGCUGAUAUAGAUAGAUACAAGCAAAGCGGGGUGUACAAGCUCUGUAAUUGUUCCAUAUUGUGAAGAUUCAAAGUUUCGGGGAAAAGAACAAAUAUUUCAAAUAC